AAACACUAGCUAGCACCGCCGUUUCUUCUAAACCCUAGCGCCGCCGCUUCUUCUAAACCCUAGCGCCGCCGCUUCUUCUCUGUAAACCGUAGCGCCGUUUCUCUGUAAACCCUAACGCCGAUCUAUAACCACAAUGACGAGUACUCGAACUCCUUCUGCGACUAAUCAGACAAAAAGGAUGGAUAUUCCAGAACUCCCCCGUAGGUUAUACACAUUAGGGGAAGAGCCAGAACCCCACAAUAGCAUUUCGUAUCAUACGGAUAACACGAAGUUGCAUACUGCUCUUAGGGAAGCUCUCACUGAUGCUGAAUUUGAAGAGCUCAAGGAGUCGAGAUUGGGAGUUUUCAUCAAGUUCAAGGAGCAGGGAUUUGGUUGGGCUUCAAGGCUGGUUCACCACUUGCUCGGUUUAAAGCUGGACAUUAAGAAGAAGUACGAGAUGUGGUGUCUCGUUGGUCCAGAACCUGCGAGGUUUUCACUGUUAGAGUUUGAAAACAUCACUGGUCUAAACUGCGACUACAUCGAGGACCUUGAGACACCAGAAUGUGAAGUUACCCCACAGAUGGUUUCUUUCUGGGAGAUGAUGGGAGUUCAUCGGGAAGCUGGGCCAAGUACUGAUCAGAUAAUAGCAGCACUGAAGAGAUUUCAGCUUAUCUCACUACCAGCUUUCUGUAUUCGUCAGCACAUUAAGCAAUUCUUAUCAACUGCUAAUAUCUUCUAA